UUGUUGAUAGCCACCCGGCCGAGCGGACGUACAAUAAACACGAUCGAGCGAUCUAAUACAAAACAAACUCGACACACAAAACAAUACAAUAUACAAUAGAGUAUUCAAUAAAAAGGGACCUACUUUAAUAAUAGCAACAGCUAAAAAUAAUAAUAACAAAAAGAAAAAAAAGAAUUGAAUUUGCAUUCGCUAUAAUUUCAUGCUAUUCGGAUGCGGUUUCGAAUGCGCAAACAAAUAAACUGCAACGUUUCAGCCUUAUGUGUGGAUGUUGGCAUUAGAAUUUAGCUAAUUGAAAAACUAUAUUUCAAGAAUUGAAAUGAGCGUGGAAAAUGUGCACAAACUAUUAAAUAAAUAAUUGAUAACAAUCACUCGCAAUCAUCAUGAAGCAGCUGUGGCAGCCACUUUUAGUGACCAUCUGGUUGCUGUUAAUUGGCAUUUUGAAACCAACAGAAGCAUUUGCUCAUUUUAUUGACACCACAGAGAACACGGAGCUGAUACAACAACGUGCCGGCUUCGAUGUCAAGCUGCAGUGCAACCUCACGGGUUUGGUGGAUGAGCGCAAGCUGGCCGAGAUCAAGAUACAAUGGUUCUUCAAGCAAUGCAGUGAUAACAAUUGCUAUCAGCUGGAAUCUGCUGAUGAUUGGACAGCUCUGCCUUGUGAGUCGAGUCUUUGUCGCUCCGAGCUUUGGCUACGCAAUGUAACUGAGCGUUACUCGGGUCUCUACAAGUGCAGCAUUAAUCCACAUGUCUUGGAUGCCACUCAAGCGGUGGAUGUGCAACUUGUACGCACCUAUCAGCUGGAUGUGAAAAACAGUUCCUUGGCUGCACCAGAAUUCCUGGACGCCUAUCCCAGCAAUAAGACAGCCAAGGACAGUCGUGUGGUGUUCCAGUGCCGCGUGCACAGCGAAGAGCACCCAAUCAAAUGGUUUCGCAGACGCUUUCCUGGACAACCAGCAGCAGUUGAAACACCUCAACCCGCCUUGGGCACCUCCAACUUUAGCACACACAUUGUGCGCUAUGGAGGCAGAACCUACGAGUUACUUGCCACACCUCCCGAGAAGCUCGUUAAUCCACAGAUCUAUCUCAGCAAGCUGAUAAUAAACAGUGUGCAAUUGAGGGAUACGGGUUUCUAUGCCUGUGUGGCCAUUAGCUACCGGGGACACAAGAUACGUGAGGCAUUUUUGGAGGUGGUGCCACCCGAAGAAGAAGUGGACUACUGGGCGGAUUAUGGCAGCAGUGAUGAGCUGGUGCAAGAAGAGUCCAGCGAUCCACGGGAUUUCCUGCUGCUCUUUCUCAUGCCCGUGGGAUUGGCGAUGUUGCCAUUGAGUGUCUGGGGUGGUUAUAUGAUCUAUAAACGCUGUACGAGGCGCAACGAAUGCGAACGCAUGGAGCAGCAGUAUUCGGAUGAGGAGCUGGACACGGAACGUUAUGUUCUCGGUGGGAGUUGACCUAGUUGCUUAAAAAGAUUUUUUUUGGGGACCAAAGACUGUUUUUAACUUUAAGUUUUAAGUUUAGCAAUAAAUUUACCGCAUACCGAGACAUUUUGUUGUGAUUCCUAGCAACAUAUUCGUUUAGUUCAAAAUUUCGUUACGUAUGAAAUUCAAAAUUAGUUACGAUCUUUCAUUUCCGGCCCAGCGUUCCUCAA